CCCAGCGGCCAAUGGCCGGAGGGGGGCGUGGCGGCGCGGCCUGGAUCCCAGCGCGCGCCCUGUGCGCCCUCGGAGCCGCCGCCGCGCUCGCAGCUCGCAGCUCGCCCCUCGCAGCCCGCGCCGCUGUCGCCGCUGCCACCACCGCCGCCCGCCCUCCGCGCGUCCCCGCCGCGCUCCUUUCCCUGCGGCCGGCCCGGGGAGCGCUCGGUCGCUCCGGGCAGAGUGUCCCUGCUGCGGCCCUGCGGCGAUGGCCACCAAGAUCGACAAAGAGGCUUGCCGGGCGGCGUACAACCUGGUGCGCGACGACUGCUCGGCCGUCAUCUGGGUGACUUUUAAAUAUGACGGCUCCACCAUCGUCCCCGGCGAGCAGGGAGCACAGUAUCAGGACUUCAUCCAACAGUGCACAGAUGACGUCCGAUUGUUCGCCUUCGUGCGUUUCACCACUGGGGAUGCCAUGAGCAAGAGGUCCAAGUUUGCCCUCAUCACGUGGAUUGGUGAGAACGUCAGCGGGCUGCAGCGAGCCAAAACGGGCACGGACAAGACCCUGGUGAAGGAGGUAGUGCAGAAUUUUGCUAAAGAGUUUGUGAUCAGCGAUCGGAAGGAGCUGGAGGAAGAUUUCAUCAAGAGCGAGCUCAAGAAGGCGGGGGGAGCCAAUUACGACGCCCAGACGGAGUAACCCCAGCCCUUCCCCUGCCCCUUGCAAAGUCAUCUGCCUGCCCCCCGGGGGAGGGGACCGCGGCCUCAGCCACCAGCCCACCAGCCCGCCAGGGACGGGAGACGCAGUGAGAGGCACGCGCCUCCCUGUCUGCCGCCUGCCUCCCCUUCCCCGCUUCCCUCCCGAGCCCUGUUGCGCCCCAUCUCCCGAAGCUCGCGGAACAUGUUUCUUUUAUCUCCUCUUCCUUUCCCGCUCUUUCUCGUUCUAAGGAAAAAUCAUUUUGAUCCCAAGGCCACGCACAUCAUCAGAUCUGAGGCUCCCCCUGCGGUGACCCCCCUCUCCUGGCCUUCUCUUACACCGUAGCCCGCGUGGCUUGGGGGCCGCGCCCGUCGGGGGGCCGUCUUGGGAGCACCCUCGUUCAUCCCAUGCGUCAGGCUCGGACCCCCCCAGAGCGUGCUCCGGGGGUCCCUCACCCCUGCAUUCAGAGCUGCCUAAGCUACCCAUGCCCGGCAGUGACACAUCGAAGCCUGACUCCGACCGAAGAGAAGAGAGAAAAUUUGCCUUAACAGUCGCCCAGCAGCGGCUCGUUCCUACCCUUUUGCUCGGAACCCCACUGCGCGGCGCGGAGUGGGGACACGGGUCCGAGUCCAGCUGUGACCUGGCAUCUCUCAGGGUUCGCUUCAGGGGCUCCCAAGGUGAUGAGGACGCCAGGGAGGGAGGCCGGGGUGCCGAGUGGGGAUUCGGGCAGAACCCGAUUCCUCGCUUUCGGGGGGCCCCCGCCGAGCCGCCGGUGGAACGGACCCCCGCCCGCGUGGCCCCAGAAAGUCAGCGGUGUUCAUCCCAGGUCCACACCACACGUCCAAACGCAGUUUUGUUUUCAGAGGAAGAUGAGAUUGGCUUGUUUCUUCACGCGUCCAAUUCGUUUUCUUUCUUUCCUUGCUCAUUUCAUUUGGGGGUAGGAAGUCUGUGCUGUAUCGGGGCUGCGAACAUCUGCCCUCAAACAGUUUACAGAAAUAAAUGUGGUUUUUUUUGUUUUUCAAAAA